AUGUCAGUCAACAGAGAACUGGAGGAUCUUGCAAAGUCCUCCACGGAUGACUUCUACGAGCUACUCAACGUAGCCUUUGACGCAGAUGCAGACGCUAUCCAGAAAGCAUACCGCAAAGCGUCUAUCAGAUACCAUCCGGAUAAAAAUCCCGACGACAAGAAUGCUGCCGAUCGCUUCAUUCUUCUGGGAUGGGCACGCGACAUUCUUAUUGAUGAAAACCUCAAAGGCGAGUAUGAUCGCGCAAGAGCUAGGCGGCGCGAGAAGGUGCUACAGGACGAGAUGCUGGAUGGUCGACGACGCAAGCUGAAAGAAGACCUCGAGAGGAGAGAGAAAGAGUAUCAAGAUCAAAAGUCUGGGAUCAAGAGAAAGGUUCCCGAGGACAUGACGGACACUGAACGGAAGCUUCAUGAAAUACACAAAGGUGGCAGGAAGCGUUACCACGAAAUCAACGAACGCCUAGCAAAAGAAGCUCAAGAAGAGCGAGAGGCCUAUCUCGAGGCCAUGAGGAAGAGGUCAGAGCCACAGGGAACCCAGCAGAGCGAAUCCCAGAAGAGCGAAUCCUCCGAAAUGGCCCGCGCGGUCAAAUUUGAGUUUCCGAGGGAAGGCGAUGGAAAGCACUGGGAUAAAGAUACGCUUGCAACCAUGUUCACAAAGUAUGGCGAGGUGGAUAUGGUUGUCCUUCUCAAAGACAAAAAGAUCCGACAUGCUGGAGAAAAACAUCGGACAGCUUCAGGCAUGAUAGUCUUCACGCGUAUCGAUCACGCCCGUGCCGCUGUCACGAACGCCAAAUCCGACUACCCUUCCCUUAGCUCCGUGAGCUGGGCAAACGGAGAGUUGGACAACAUCGAGUCCGUCAAAGCGUCUGCAAAAGAGCCCCUGGAGGAAUCGGAGCGGUUAGAGGUGUUGGCGGACAUGAAGUUAGACGAGUCAAAUAUUACGUGGACUGAAUGGAGCCAUUCAGUACCAAGCGUGUAG